UUUCUUGCGUGUGUGAGCUAAUUCUGUCCUCGCUUCAGUUGAAAAGCACCACAAAUGAGUCUUUUUUUUUCUUUUUCAACUAUUUUUUUUUGGUGCUACGUGCGGAAAAUUGCGUUCAAAGCGCCAAGUUUUCCGAGGGGACCUUUUCAUCCACGAGCGAUGUUUUCUACACGGAACUUCAACACCGACGGCACGGCCCGGCCCGGUCCGAAGCGUAAAUACACCGGGCUCGUCUCGCUAAAAGAAGGCUUCAGCUGCACAAUGGCCUUUCAAUGACUUCGACGUUGAGGUGCUUCUUCGUUUGUCAUUAAACCACUGCCGGGUAUGGACUGGGGACGUUUGAUUGGACUCGGUGGAGUCGUGCGCUCCUUGUCCCUGCUCUGUGUCAUUUUGGACUUACAGCUGGACGGCGUCUUGGGGGCAACUCGCGGCGAGAUUGAGCAUCACCUGGAGAUGGGUCGCAAACUUCUGGCAGCUGGUCAGCUGGCCGAAGCCUUGUCCCAUUACCACUCUGCUGUAGAAGUGGAUUCGAAAAACUACUUGACAUACUACAAACGCGGCGCCGUGUUCCUGGCCAUGGGCAAGUCCCGAUCGGCCCUCCCCGACCUGACCAGGGCCAUCCAGCUCAAGCCUGACUUCCUCGCUGCCCGGCUGCAGAGGGGCAACAUCCUUCUGAAACAAGGCAACGCGCAGGAGGCCCGCCGAGAUUUCGAAGCGGUGCUCCGGCCAACUCCGGAGCACGCCGACGCGCGGGAGCAGGUGGCGAGAGCCCGAGAGCUGGAGGAGCUGCAGGAGGACGCCCGGGCGGCGCACCACCGGGGCAACUACGGCGCCGCCGUCUCGGUGCUGGAGCGAAUCAUCGAGAUCUCGCCCUGGGAUCCCGAGAUGCGAGAGCUGCGCGCCGACUGCUACCUCCGCACCGGGGAGCCGCGCAAGGCCGUCCAGGACCUGGCGCCGGCCACCAGGCUGCGGAGCGACAACCGCGCCGCUUUCCUCAAGCUCAGCCUGCUGCAUUACAGCCUGGGGGAGCACCACGAGUCUCUUAACCAAGUCCGAGAGUGUCUGAAGCUGGACCAGGACGACAAGAAUUGCCUGGCCCACUACAAGCAAGCCAAGAAGCUCAGCAAGCAACUGGACUCGGCCGAGGAGCUCGUCCAGGCGGAAAGGUACCGCGAGGCGAUUGACAAGUACGAGGGCGUGAUGAAGGCAGAGCCACACGUGCCGCAAUACUCCAACCUGGCCAAGGAGAGGAUCUGCUUCUGCCUCGUCAAGGCCAAGUCGGCCACGGAGGCCAUCGACGCGUGCUCCGAGGCGCACCGGAGGGACCCUCGCGACGCCAAAGUCCUCCGCCACCGCGCCGAGGCCUUCAUCCUCAACCAGGACUACGAGAAAGCCGUGGAGGACUACCAAGAGGCGCAGGAGUUUGACGGCGACAGCGACGACAUCCGAGAAGGGCUGGAGCGAGCCCGGAAGCUGCUCAAGAUCUCCCGCAAGAGAGACUACUACAAGAUUCUCGGAGUCGGACGGGCGGCCAACAAGCAGGAGAUCAUCAAGGCCUACAGGAAGCUGGCGCAGCAGUGGCACCCCGACAACUUCCAGUCGGAGGCCGAGAAGAAGGAGGCCGAAAGGAAGUUCAUCGACAUUGCGUCGGCCAAGGAAGUCCUCACCGACCCAGAAAUGAGGCAGAAAUUUGACAGCGGCGAGGAUCCAUUGGAUCCGGAGAAUCAGCAGCAGCAGCAUGGCGGCGGCGGCGGAGGACACAAUGGCCACGCCUGGCCUUUCCCCUUCAACCCUUUUGAGUCAGGAGGCAGCUUCCACUUCAAGUUCCAGUAGGGGACAAGUCUGUGGCGCGUCACGGUGAGGACUUUUCCUUUCUCAACAAAAUGUCCGACUGCCUUCAAAACAGCACGUUUUUUGUUGUUUAUGUGCCAUUCUUACCACGAAUGCUUUUUUCGUUUUGAAACCAAUUUGCUCAAAGACUCAUGUCAUCAAUUGUCCAAAAUGGCCAACUGACUGCUGAAAAGAGUGUUUCUUUUUUAUUGUUUCCGAAUCUGCACUUUUAUUUCCAAAACGAAAGCACUAUAUUCUCAACUACAGUUAGGAAUACGACUGACGCUUCAAAGUACAGCCAAACGUGGGCGGGUUGCUGCGCGGCGGAAAUACGGGAAAAACCUCAAAGUUGACGGUAGUGCUGUACUUUGAUCGGAAAACAAAAAAAGUCAUUUAAGGAAGAGAGCUUAUUAUUUAUUGAGUUUGUUUUGUUUUGUUUGUGUCCUUGCAUUGUCAAUCUGAUGCAGAGCUCAACAACAUUAAAAGAAAAAAAAUGGUUUA